AUGUCCGCUCGGCUUGCACAAACCUUAAGACUGCGUCGUUUCCAAGAUCAGUUUUCACUCUCUGCCAUCUGCGGUCUUAAAGCGGGUAACUGCAAGUUUGCAGCUCGAAUUACGAUCUCGCCGCAAAAUAAAUCAGAGCCGAGUCUCACAAUCACUGCGUCGAUUUUGCCUUCACUCGCUGAUUACAAUUCGGGGCUCGAUCGAGCCAGGUGCAACUGGGAUCAUCUCGCCGAUCUCGCCCUAGCAGAUCCUCACUUCAAUGGUUCUGAUCCCAUUGAGCUUCUCAUCGGCGCCGAUAUCUAUGGCGAGAUAUUCCUUGGCGAAAUGCGGAAGGGACCUCGCGGGCAGCCCUAUGCAUUAAAUACUAUUUUCGGAUGGGCAGUAUCCGGUCCUACGAGUGUUUCACUUCAAUCCCGCCGAACAAUCACUGUUCAACAUUGUUCGGCCUCAACGUCGCUUGCGCUCGAUCGCGAACUGAGAAGAUUUUGGGAGAUCGAGGAAGUUCCGCGGCAGACUGUACUCGGCCCGGAGGAACAACGAUGCGAGGAUUACUUCAUGACCACUCAUUCGCGUUGUUCCGACGGCCGAUACAUUGUGCGCCUUCCAUUCAAACGUGAUCCUCCCAUUAAUAUCGGUCGUUCUCGCGAUACCGCUGAGCGAUGUCUAAAGAGCUUACUUCGACGCUUUGAAAUUAACGCCGAGUUAAAACAACAAUAUUUCAAUUUCAUGCGGGAAUACGAAGCUCUGGGACACAUGCGCAAAGCUUCACCUCUCUCAGAAUCCUCUCAGUGCGUGUAUAUUCCUCACCAUCCCGUCUUUCGCGACGGUAGUGCGACCACACACUUGCGCGUGGUAUUCAAUGCGUCGAGUCUAACGUCUAGCGGGAAAUCGCUUAAUGAUAAUUUACUUCCAGGACCGAAACUACAAACGGACUUGGCGGCGGUCGUGAUGCGAUGGCGACAGUUUCGCUACGUAUACUCGGCCGAUGUCGAGAAAAUGUAUAGGCAGAUCGUCGUUGAUCCGCGUGACACAAAUUAUCAACGCAUAUUAUGGGUGGAUACCGAGACGGAGCGCGUGCAAGAAUAUGAGCUCUUGACCGUGACGUACGGCAUGGCGUCGGCGCCGUUUUUGGCGUUACGAGUGCUGCGCCAACUGGUCCGCGAUGAAGGGCAUUCCUAUCCGUUAGCCGUGUCCGUCCUGACGGAUAACAUUUAUGUUGACGACGUCUUGUUCGGCGCCGACGAUAUUCCUCUGCUUCGGCAGGCGCGCGCGCAAGUAUGCUCAUUGCUGCGCUGCGGCCAAUUCAAUUUGCGCAAGUGGUCCAGUAACUCGUCGGCUCUUCUGAGCGACAUUGAUGACAGCGAUCACGGUUUGGCAUGCAGCAAGGACCUUCAACCAGGCGAAAAGCUCGACUGGGAUGACCAAUUUUCCCCCGACCUCGCUGAUGAGUGGGAAGUUAUUCGGGCGUCACUCUUGUCACUUGAUGGCCUUCAGCUCGAUCGAUGGGUUCGACGCGGAUCGGAUACAACGGCCUGCGAGCUGCACGGAUUCGCGGACGCGUCCUCUCAGGCGUAUGCAGCCGUGGUUUAUCUGAGGCUUCUCUCGAUCUCCGGAGAGGUCUCCUCGAUGCUCCUCGUCGGAAAGUCUAGGGUCGCACCCGUUAAAUCACUGAGCAUUCCGCGAUUGGAGCUCGCAGCAGCGGUGCUGCUCUCCAGAUUAAUGGAGUUCGUGAUCGCGUCCCUCCACCUUUCCGAGGUUCCGUGCUACUGCUGGACGGACUCCACGGUCGUCCUUGCGUGGGUGACGCAACAUCCGUCAAGGUGGCGAACGUUCGUGGCAAAUCGCGUCGCGGAAAUCCAGACCCGACUUCCCUCCGCUUCGUGGCGACACGUGCCCACCAUCGACAACCCCGCCGACUGCGCGUCUCGCGGAAUUCCCGGGCAUCAGCUCGCAUCACAUCCGUUGUGGUGGCAUGGUCCAUUGUGGCUUAGGCUUCCGAUCUCCGACUGGCCGGUGCCUGUCGACCCUCACCCUGAGACCUCAAUGGAACAAAAUGUAAAGACGCAAGUUCUCGUCGCGAUGUCGAGAGACCCUGUCGAGUGGGAUCUCGCCGCGCGCCACUCGUCGUGGCCGAAGUUAAUGCGCAUUACCGCCUACGUUAUGCGAUUUAUCUCGCGUACUCACGGACGUAUUACGUUGCCGGCUGAGCGCGUCGAGAGUCCCUCAUCCUUGACGGGUCGCGAAAUUCAACGCGCUACGAACUUUUGGGUAAAAACCAUUCAAGCGGAGCUAUUCGCGCGCGAGCUGACCGCGCUUCGAAGGGGAGACGCGCUCUCAUCGAAAAGCGUACUGUUGCCUCUCGCGCCGUAUUUGGACGAAGAUCAAAUAAUUCGUGUUGGUGGGCGGUUGUCGCGGGCGCCCAUCCCGGCUCACGUCAAACAUCCGAUCGUUCUCGCGCCCCAUCCUCUCGUCCAGCUCCUCAUACAGGAUAUUCACAAGCGAUAUCUCCAUGCCGGCAUCCAGCUUACUCUGGCUACGCUGCGGCAAAGGUACUGGGUGAUCCGAGCUCGCGGUGCGGACGGCUUCGGACAAUGUCGAGUGGCAUUUUUUGCCUCCUCCGCCCCUCAUUUUGGCGGCCUAUGGGAGGCCGGUGUACGAAGCGUGAAGCACCACAUUCGCCGGGUGGUCGGAACGCACACGCUGACGUUCGAAGAAUUCUCCACGCUUCUUUGUAACGUCGAGGCCUGCCUCAACUCUAGGCCCAUAGCACCGCUCUCCGACUCGAUAGAUACAUACGACCCGUUGACCCCCGGGCAUUUUCUCAUUGGUGCUGCUCUUAACUCGAGUCCGGAGCCUUCCCUGUUACAGAUAAAAGAAAAUCGCCUAUCUCGAUGGCAGUUGGUUCGGCAGCUCACCGAGCGUCUUUGGAAGCUGUGGCAGAGCGAUUAUAUUAACAUGCUGCAACAGCGGGGAAAAUGGCGACAUAUUGAGAAGCCAAAUAUUCGGGUGGGACAAUUGGUUUUGCUUCGCAAUCCACUGCUUCCACCGUGCAAGUGGGAGCUCGGCCGCGUUGUUUUGUGUCACCCGGGUCUCGACGAAUUGGUUCGCGUUGUUACGGUAAAAACGGCGUCGUCCGAGUACAAGCGUCCGAUCGGUAGACUGUGCCUUCUGCCGAUCGAUAUUGAGAAGUCGGAAAGCGCCGACAAGUGA